AUGGCGGCCUCCGCUGACACCGGCCCGGGCGCUGACGGGCGACGCCACUGCCGAGGCCGGGAAGCGGGCCGGGAGAGGCUGCAGGACGACGGCGUGCAGACCCUCACUUCGGUGGAGCAGACAAAGGUAGAGAGCAUAGUCCAAGAUGUCUUCAACGCUUACAAGACAAACCAUCAUGAUUCACCGUUUGUUUUGCAGCGGGAAAAGCACUUCCACUAUCUGAAGAGAGGGCUGAGGCAACUGACAGAUGCUUAUGAGUGUCUGGAUGCCAGCCGCCCAUGGCUGUGCUACUGGAUCCUGCACAGUCUGGAACUGCUGGAGGAGCCCAUCCCGGACUCUAUAGCUUCAGAUGUGUGCCAAUUUCUGAGCCGCUGCCAGAGCCCAAGAGGAGGCUUUGGAGGGGGACCAGGCCAGCACCCACAUCUUGCUCCAACAUAUGCUGCUAUCAAUGCUCUUUGCAUCAUUGGCACUGAAGAGGCAUACAACGUUAUUAACAGGGAGAAGCUUCUGGAGUACCUGUAUUCCCUAAAGCAGUUUGACGGCUCCUUCAUCAUGCACAUAGGAGGGGAAGUGGAUGUCCGGAGUGCCUAUUGUGCUGCAUCGGUGGCUUCUCUUACCAACAUUAUCACACCAACACUUUUUGAAGGGACAGCAGAGUGGAUAGCAAGGUGUCAGAACUGGGAAGGUGGGAUUGGAGGAGUCCCUGGCAUGGAGGCCCACGGCGGAUACACGUUUUGUGGAUUGGCAGCACUGGUCAUCCUGAAGAAGGAACACGUAUUGAAUCUGAAAAGUUUAUUACACUGGGUUACAAGCCGCCAGAUGCGCUUUGAAGGAGGCUUUCAGGGCCGCUGUAACAAGCUGGUGGAUGGCUGCUACUCAUUCUGGCAGGCUGGCUUGCUACCUCUCCUCCAUCGAGCACUGCACUCCAGAGGUGAACCUGCCCUCAGUAUGACACACUGGAUGCUUGACCAGCAAGCGCUGCAGGAAUACAUCCUGCUAUGCUGCCAGUGUCCUGCAGGGGGUCUCUUGGACAAACCUGGCAAGUCACGGGACUUUUACCAUACUUGCUACUGCCUGAGUGGGCUCUCGAUAGCACAACACUUUGGCAGUGGGGACCUCCUCCAUGAAGUCGUGCUAGGAGUGCCAGAGAACCGGCUGCGGCCUACACAUCCUGUAUACAACAUCUCCCCUGAGAAAGUGGUGCAAGCCGCAAUGUACUUUCUGAAGAAGGCUGUUCCGAAUAGAGAAGAAGAGACUUCUGCUAAUUAAGAGGGACUGCUGCCCUUGUUCGACGCUACACGAUGCAUCUUCCUCCCAUCCAGUGCAUGGCGGUGCAAAACGUCAUGGCCAUCCUGGAGCCCAUCCACAGAAUUAACUUUCCUGAUCUCACAAAACUGGGCUUGACUUUGUAUGUGUGUGUCUUUUGCGAGAGCUCUGCUAGCCAUACCAAAAACAAGCAGUGUCGAGUACCUAGUAACAGAUUGGCUGCGUGGUGGUGUAUGGUUAGACGUGCUGGUUGCUCUCUAGCAGGUGUGGUUUUGGUUUCCAAACCAAUGAGCAUGUUCAUAUUUUU